CAGCCCCUUGUGUGAGUCUGUCCCUCUUUUGAGGGCUUGAUCAUUUCUAUUCGCAUUUUCAGUCUCACACUCCACACUCGCACUCACACUCGCACUCUCGUACUCGUCUUUCCUCAGCUCUUCUUUCUUUUCCUUUUCCCCCUCCUUCCCCACAAGUCAGUUCGUCCUUAUUUCAGUUGCAUCUUUACUUAUCCCUCUUUAUCCUCACCAACCCUUACUUUGCAAUAACUCCUCUUCUUCCUGUAUCUGCACUUGCCCCAAAUCCAAUUUGAAUAGAGACGACACCGACCGUUCAAGAGGCAGGACGUAUAGCAGUGCACUCCUUGCCAUGAAUCGGCAGCAAAGCCCUGACCUGGUCCCAUCGCAACCCAUCCAGGACACAGACGGCAGCCCCGUUGGUUUGUCGCAGCAUCCAGUCCAGGGGGCAGGCCCAAUUGCGCCCUCUUCCUCGCCCUCUGCAGCUGCAGCUGCUGCAGCUGCACAUCCGCAACAACGCCCACAAUCAGGUGCUACUGACCACCGCCACCAAUCCUCGUCCCAGUCCCAAUCACCCAGUCCCAUGGUAUCUCCACCAAACCAACCCCGAUGGUCUCUCUCCGCCCAGCUUGCGCCUGAUUAUCACAACUGGGUCAGCGAUGUCUCGACUACCCCCAGCAGCAGCAAUGGACAACCCCCUUCUUCAAGAACAGGCAAUCGCUUUCUCGACGCAGUUACAGGCAGAUCUAAGGCUCAGCAGGGCCGCAUUAGACGAGAGAACCAGCCCAGCUUUACCGGAUCGGCUUUCACCAACUCUGACAAUGAGGCUGGGAGAGACCAGGACGAUGCAGAUGACUCUAUCGAUAAUGAUGGUAAUCAUAACAAUCCCAGCACCGAAAACACGGACGGUAACGGGCGCAUUGUAGCUGAUAAUCCGCGCGACAGCACUAGCAAUGCGCCUGAAUCAAGGCUGCCGCCAUUGAACAAAAGUCGUAUUCAAGUACCCGAUUCAAGUAGACCAGCAUUCAAACUAGGGGCUCCGAUUGUUUCGAAGCCGCAAUCACAAAACUAUCACGCGCCAUCUACGAAAGGCACCGAACAGAUCUCAGAGAUAUCUGCCUUGCUCGGAAACAACAGGACUCAAGAUCAGCACGCGGACGGCCAGCACAGAUGGACUAAUGAAGGGUCUAGACGCAAAACACCGCGAUACAACGGUCCUCCUGAGCCGUCCGAGGUGGACGAACUCGACGAUGGGAUGCAGGAUACCAGCGAAAGAGACUCUCCGCGUUGGCCAUCUAGGUAAAAUUAUAGGGAGUAGUGACAUUCAAGCGGAGACCGAGGCCCCUAAUUUAUCAUUUAAUGCCUGGAUGGUGUGAUAUGUCAAAUGUGAGCAGGAAGAUGCAGCGGCAUCUAUUGUCACACAACAUAGCAAUUCAUGGAUGAUGGAUCUGAUAUGAUGCCAUUUGACACGAU